AUGCGGCCUUCGAUAUUCUUUUCCUCACUGGCAUCUGCCUUGGCCAUCCUGCCAGCGACUUGGGCAUCGCCCUUGACGAAGCGUACCGGGCCCAGGCUGGCCAUCAAUGCCGACUUCCCCGACCCCAGCUUCGUCCAGCACACCGACGGGACGUGGUAUGCCUUUGGCACCAACGGCAACGGCAAGCACAUCCAGGUAGCGCACUCGCCCGACUUCCAGACCUGGACGCUGCUGGACGUGGACGCCCUGCCGACGUUGGCCGGCUGGGAGACGGACGUGGACCAUUGGGCGCCUGACGUGAUUCGACGGAAUGACGGCAAGUACGUGCUGUACUACUCAGGCGAGGCCAAGGAGAUGGUGCGACAUCACUGCGUGGGCGUCGCCGUCUCUGUCGGGACCGACCCGGUAGGCCCGUACAUUCCACAGGAGAACCCGUUCGCAUGCCAUCUGGACCAGGGUGGCGCCAUUGAUCCGUCCGGCUUCCUCGACAAAGACGGCUCUCGCUACGUCGUCUACAAGAUCGACGGAAACAGCGUCGGCCACGGCGGCGACUGCAACAACGGAGUCCCGCCCCUCGUGCCGACGCCCAUCAUGCUGCAGAAGGUCGCCGACGACGCCAUCACGCCGGUGGGCGACGCCGUCCAGAUCCUGGAUCGCGAUGAGAGCGACGGUCCGCUGGUCGAGGCGCCCAACCUGAUUCUGAAAGACGGCACCUAUUUCCUGUUCUACUCGACGCAUUGCUUCACGGAUCCCAAGUACGACGUGCGCUAUGCGAUAGCCUCGUCCAUCACGGGCCCGUACACGAAGACAGGGGUGCAGCUGGUCAAGACGGGCGACUACGGCCUGACGUCGCCGGGAGGAGGCACGGUGUGCGGCUGCGGUGAUCGGAUGCUCUUCCACGGCUUCUGCAACAACAACGAGCGAUGCACGUAUGCGGCGGAUCUCGGUAUCUCGGGGACAACAAUCAACUUUGCCUGA